UGUCCGUGAUGGCUCAGCAGGUGCCAGAGACGGUGAAUUUCCCCGCAGAGGAAGAGAAGAUCCUGCAGCUCUGGAAAUCUCUGGACUGUUUCCAGGAGUGUCUGAAGCAAUCCAGGAAUAAGCCCAGAUAUACUUUCUACGAUGGACCACCUUUUGCCACUGGGCUUCCUCACUAUGGGCACAUUCUGGCCGGCACCAUUAAGGAUAUUGUCACCCGAUUUGCUCACCAGAGUGGAUAUUAUGUGGAGCGACGGUUUGGGUGGGACUGUCACGGAUUGCCAGUGGAAUAUGAGAUCGACAAGACGCUGGGAAUAAAAGGCCCCGAGGACGUCGCUGCCAUGGGGAUAGCAGAAUACAACAAGCAGUGCCGUGGGAUUGUGAUGAGAUACUCUCAGGACUGGGAGGUCAGUGUCACACGACUGGGCCGAUGGAUUGACUUUAAGAAUGACUACAAGACUCUCUAUCCCUGGUUCAUGGAGACUGUGUGGUGGGUGUUCAAACAGCUGUAUGACAAAGGACUGGUGUACCGUGGUGUGAAGGUCAUGCCGUUCUCCACGGCUUGUAAUACGCCCUUAUCCAACUUCGAGUCCCACCAGAACUACAAGGAUGUCCAGGAUCCCUCUGUCAUAGUCACCUUCCCAUUACUGGAAGACCCGACCGUAUCACUAGUAGCCUGGACAACCACGCCGUGGACUCUUCCCAGCAAUCUGGCGCUGUGUGUCAAUCCAGAGUUAAUGUACAUCAAGCUGAGAGAUAAAUCCAGUGGGAGUCUCUAUAUAAUGAUGGAGGCCAGGCUGUCCACUCUGUAUAAGGGUGAAGAUGAAUAUGACGUUCUGGAAAGGUUUCCUGGAAUUACACUGAAGGGAAAGAAGUAUAAGCCGUUGUUUGAGUAUUUUACUAAGGCUGCGGAGAGCGGAGCCUUCACUGUCCUGUAUGAUAACUAUGUGAAGGCGGAAGACGGCACCGGGGUGGUACAUCAGGCGCCGUACUUUGGAGCGGAUGACUACAGGGUCUGCAUGGACUUCAGACUCAUCCAGAAGGACUCGGUGCCGGUGUGUCCCGUCGACGCCUCCGGCUGCUUCACUCAGGAAGUGACGGACUUUGCUGGACAGUAUGUGAAGGACGCUGAUAAAAACAUUAUAAAGCUACUGAAGGAGAAAGGCCGCCUGUUACACAGCAGCACAUACAAACAUAACUACCCGUUCUGCUGGAGAUCAGACACGCCGCUUAUUUACAAAGCUGUUCCCAGCUGGUUUGUACGAGUUGAGCACAUGGUGGAGAAGCUGCUACAGAACAACAGUCAGUGUUACUGGGUUCCUGAGUUUGUACGAGAGAAGCGUUUUGGAAACUGGCUGAAAGAUGCUCGCGACUGGGCGAUCUCCAGGAAUCGAUACUGGGGCACCCCGAUACCACUGUGGGUCAGCGAGGACUUUGAGGAGGUUGUGUGUGUGGGGUCCCUGGCAGAGCUGGAAGAGCUGACUGGCAUCAAAGUGACAGAUCUGCAUCGGGAAAGUGUGGACCAGCUGACCAUUCCGUCGCGCUGCGGGAAGGGUGUCCUGCGGCGUGUCAGGGAGGUGUUUGACUGCUGGUUUGAGAGCGGCAGCAUGCCCUAUGCCCAGGUGCACUAUCCGUUUGAAAACAGAAGAGAAUUUGAAGAUUCAUUUCCUGCUGAUUUUAUUGCAGAAGGUAUCGACCAGACGCGAGGGUGGUUCUACACCCUCCUUGUGCUCUCUACGGCUCUCUUCGGUCAGCCACCCUUCAAGAAUGUCAUUGUGAAUGGUCUUGUUCUGGCCAGCGAUGGACAGAAGAUGAGCAAGAGUAAGAAGAAUUACCCAGACCCCAUGCAAGUCAUUCAUAACUAUGGAGCGGACGCCCUCAGGUUAUAUCUGAUCAAUUCUCCUGUUGUAAGAGCAGAGAAUUUGCGCUUUAAAGAAGAUGGCGUGCGCGAUGUACUGAAAGACGUCUUCUUACCAUGGUACAACGCCUUCCGUUUUCUGAUGCAGAAUUUCUACCGGCUGCACAAGGAAGAUGACGUCCAGUUUUUCUUUAAUGAAAAUACUGCAAAGUUGAGCAGUAACAUUAUGGACAAGUGGAUUGUGUCCUUCACUCAGUCGCUCAUCCAGUUCUUCAAUGUGGAGAUGUCAGCGUACAGACUUUACACCGUGGUUCCGCGUCUUGUCAAGUUUGUUGAUAUGCUCACAAACUGGUACGUGCGGAUGAAUCGCAGGCGGCUGAAGGGUGAGAGCGGUACAGAAGACUGUCUAAUGGCUUUAGAGACUUUGUUCAGCGUACUCUUCUCCAUGUGUAGAUUGAUGCAAGAUUUUUCGGCCUUGGAGACUCGCUUGCUUUCCACCAUCACUCAGGAAGUAACAGCGCUUCGACAAGACAUGUCUCAAAUUGCGGACCGUGUUGAUGUUCUGGAACGCCAUGAGUCGUCUAGCUUGGAUUCUCUGACUAAAUUUCGGGAGGUGUUAUCUCAUCAAAGGGACGAUAUCUCUUUUCUAAAAUCACGUAUUGAGGAUAUGGAUAAUCGCGGCCGGCGAAAUAAUAUCAGAGUCAGGGGCCUACCUGAGAGCGUUCAACAGGCUGACCUGACAACUGCCUUAACUACAAUAUUUGGAGAACUUAUUGACCUGGACCCGAACAAGGACAUUAUAUUUGAUAGAGCUCAUCGAGCCCUCCGUCCUCGCGGCUUGCCCUCUGACAGGCCACGCGAUGUGAUUUGCAGGCUCCACUAUUAUGUCCAAAAAGAGGAAAUAAUGAGGUCGGCCCGUCAACUGGACAGUAUUGACUUUCAAGGAGACAAGAUUCAGAUAUUUCCUGAUCUCGCCUGGUCGACCCUGCAACAGCGUCGAGCCUUGAAGCCUCUUACUGAUUCUCUCAGGAAACUUGAACUGAAAUAUAGAUGGGGCUUCCCUUUUUCCCUUCAGGUUUCUCAUGGUGGCAAGGUCGCAAGUCUCUCUAGACCUUCGGACUUACAGGCCUUCUUCACGACCUUAGGAAUACCUCCGGGACUGAGGAAAGACGUCAUCACAAAGGAUGAAUUUUCUUUUUUAAUGCAAUCCAACCCCACGACCCCCAUAUUUUAUUUCCUGCCAAAAAUCCACAAGAGCCUGUCCAACCCACCAGGGAGACCAAUUGUUGCCGGGAUAGACUCCCUUACAUCAAAUCUGUCUAAAUAUGUUGAUGUGUUUCUAAAUCCGUACGUUAAAAAAUUACCAUCAUACCUUAAAGAUACCACCAUGGUCCUGAAUGAAGUCAAGAAAGUGAAAUGGAAAGAGUCAUAUAUAUGGAUAACUAUUGAUGUGCAAUCCUUAUAUACCUGUAUCGAGCACGAAAAAGGAAUUGAAGCAAGCAAAGAAUACUUGGACAAAGAUAACACUCUCACCGAACCCCAUAGGAAUUUUAUUUGCGAUCUUAUGAAAUUCAUUUUAAGCCGUAAUUAUUUUAAAUUUUUAGACAAAUUUUAUCUACAACGGUGCGGCACCGCUAUGGGGACUAUUUUUGCCCCAAGCUUCGCCAAUUUAUUUAUGGGAAGAUGGGAGGAGAAGCACAUAUACACCACGCAACACUUCAAGGAAUCCAUUGUCAUGUAUAAAAGAUACAUUGACGAUAUCCUGAUCAUAUGGGAUGGGAGUGCCGAAUCAUUUCUGGACUUUUUAAAACUUUUACAGAUCAAUGAUUUUAAUUUAUCUUUUACCUACAAUCUGAACAAAGAGUCCAUUGAAUUCCUGGAUCUAAUCUUAAUGGGAGAGAAAGAGGCAGUGUCUACAAAAAAUUUUAUAAAAGAUGUUGAUAAGAACAGCUACCUUCACUACAAGAGCAAUCACUCCAAAAAAUGGAAGAACAACAUCCCCUACUCUCAAUUCCAUAGAAUAAGGAGGAAUUGCAACAAAAACGAAGAAUGUGAGGAACAACUUGAAACAUACAGAAAAAGAUUUGAGGACAAACUUUAUCCAAAAACUAUACUAGACAAAGCUGUUACCAAGACAAGAAAUUUGGAGAGAGAAAAUUUGCUGACCUAUAAGGAAAAAACGGCACCAAAGGAGUCUAUUUCCUUUGUUACUACUUACAGUUCUCAUGAACAAACCAUCAGGACUUCACUAAGAACCCACUGGGACAUACUUUUAAUGGACCCCAUCUUAAAGAAGAUCCUUCCACCACAACCAGAACUAGUAUUUCGAAAAUCACGUAAUUUGAAAGACAUCCUCGCGCCCAGCAUGCUAAAAGAAAUACCAUUAGAGGGAAAAUCCAACUCUCUCCCCAAAUGCAUCGGAUCUUACAAGUGUGGACACUGCAACAUCUGCAAAUUUCUUAAUCCUAACAGAAAAACUUUUUGCAAUACAGACGGCACACAAGAAUUCAAAAUCAAAGAAUUCAUGAACUGUAAUAUUACAUCCGUAAUCUAUUUGUUGGAAUGUACAUGCCACAAAAAAUAUGUAGGUAAAACAAAAAGAACCUUGAAAAUUAGAGUACAGGAACAUGUACGAAGUAUCAAAAACAAAGUAGAGACUCACUUGCUGUACAGACAUUUUAAACUGGAACACAAUUGUAAUCCAGAAGAGAUGACUUUCAAAGCCAUCGAACACGUGACCAGUGGCGAAAGGGGUGGAGACCUUGCCAAGAAGCUCUCUCAAAGAGAGAUAGAGAAUUUGAUUGAUAAAAAGAUUGAGAGCGCAGUGACACGGAUGCAGUCUGUCAUAGAGUUAGGCCGAGUGAUCCGUGACAGGAAGACAUUGCCUGUGAAGUACCCACUGAAGGAAGUGAUUGUCAUCCAUCAGGAGCCGGAGGCCCUCUCCGACAUCAAGUCCUUGGAAAAGUAUAUUCUUGAGUGUGUGCCGGAAUGUGCAAGCCCUGAGAUGCUGGUGGUUCUAGCCACUGACGCACCAUCACCUGAGAGCGCAGCUGCUUUCACUACCUGUGACACUCUGCUGAAACGCCCACUAGAUGCACACUUCAGCCUCCUGUGGUCACCUGUGGGGAUUCUGUAUAUACCUGUGUCUCGUCCCUUACGUGUACUGACCUCUUCGGAUGUCCUGCAGGGGAACUUGGUCCCAACCGAUGAGAUCAGCAUCUACUAUGACACAGAGCAGCGAGGGGAUUACUUGCAGUCAGUCAUUCAGAGUCACACAGAUUUUAUUCUGGCCACUGUCAAGUCGUCUCUCGCUCCGUACCCGGUGCCGCACUCCGCCAGCGUCAUUAUAAAGGAGAAAACGCAGCUGAAAGGCUCGGAUCUGGAGAUUACGCUGGUCAGAGGCUCCUCGCGAGCUGCGGACGGUCCGGCCUGCGGUUAUGUCGUCCUGCAUAUAGCGGUUAAUGGUACAGAGCAAAGUGGAUUCCUGCUGCUGGAGAACCCCCGGGGGGUCGCCCUUAGUUCCCUCUUUGAAUUGAAAGCUGCCGUAUGCGGCAUAUUCCAGCUACAGACGGCCGCGCUUUCCAUAUAUGAUGGGAGUACAGAACUGCUGAGUGACUGCAACCUGUUACGUUUAAGUGGAAAGACCCUCUGCGUUACCUCUGGAGGUCCCCCGUCUGUGUCCAUCCAGAAGAGUCCACUCCCCUGCCAGUACAUCAAUCUGAGGCUGCAGAGCACAGCGGCACAAGGAGCACUUUUGUUGGAGAACCCAGUUGGGCAAAAUGACCUGAAGUAUCACAGCCUGUAUCAUGAAGUGGCCAAAGUGUUUGGCCUGAGGAACCGACGCUUCCGCUUGUACCUAGAUGCAGCCAUGAGUGAAGAGCUGAGCCCAGCCGUGACGCUGCCAAGCCUCAAUACCAAGACUCUGUAUGUCCACACGCUCCCAACAACUGCUGAGUGCUAGAACAUAGAGGACCUCCCCAGCGUAUGGAGUCUCCGGGAUCAUCCAUCCCAUCUCCCGAGAUGUUUCCAGAUCUGUAUAUUCACUCAUGUGUGUAUUUCUCUGCUCUGUAUUCUGCAGUAAAGUGACUAAUCUCAG